CCUCUCUCCACUCCCCUUCGGAUAAGAAGAGCCAAGCAAAGGGCAAUCAUGGUAACAGACAAGAGAGUAUGUGUUGCCAUCUUGGCUUGCAUCGCCACACUCAUUCGUGUUGCUGAAGCAACUUACAACAACCAACCCAUGCCGUAUAAUUUCAACUACAAUGUCAACGAUGAUUACAAAGGACUCAACUUCGGCCACAAAGAACAGUCCGACGGGAAUGUAGUCUAUGGAUCCUACACCAUCGUCCUGCCUGACGGACGAAAGCAAAAUGUGGAGUACACAGCUGAUCAUGAAAACGGCUUCAUAGCAAAGGUCAACUACGUAGGAGAGGCCCAGCAUCCUCAGACAUACGGACCAGCCAUCACCUUCAAGCCAACUCACGGCAGUGGAUUUGGUGGUGGUAGUGGAUUCGGCAGUGGAGGAAGUGGAUCCGGCAGUGGUGGAAGUGGAUAUGGUGGUGGUAGUGGAUUCGGCAGUGGAAGAAGUGGAUUCGGCAGUGGCGGCAGUGGAUUCGGUGGAGGGAGCGGUCAUGGAGGCAGUGGAUCUGGCUAUGGCAAAUAAGCCAGCCAGCAACUUCUGUUUUUCAUUAAAUAAAAAACUGUAAUAAACUAUACG